UUAACCUCCCUGGUAGUAUUCCCGAGUGUAGCUCAGGGUAAAGUUUCAGUACCAAAAGCGGUAACCCCAAGCUACACUCGGGAAUACCACGCAGCGUUGCUCAGGGAUUCCCUGCAGCACUUACCUUGUCCUGCGCUCCCGCGAUGUAUCCCCUGCAGCGUCCCUGGCCAUUUCCUACGGCCGAUGCCGGCAUCCGUCUUCCGGGUUCCGGUCCCUGCGAGCGUCGGGACAUACGGGACGUACAGGGGCCGGAACCAGCGGGAAAUUUGAAAAUUUUAAUAACUGACAUUACUGUAUCAAGCCAUUUCACAUACAUUUUGUCCCGAGUGCUUUGUCCUGUGCCCUGCCUGCAUUUUUACUGUUCUUCUGCUUGGAAACUUAGAAAAGUCCAUGGUGUCCAAAAAGCAUCCCUUUAGGUCAAAAGCGGUUUUAGACUAGCUAGAAUACAGCGAUAGUAAAUCAGAACCACAUGCAGAAUUGA